AAGCCAAGGCUUGUUAUAUUAUGUACAGUACAGAGCGAGUGCACUUCUGUAGAUACCGUCUAGGCCUACAUACUGAGUGUACAUAUCGACGACACAGCUGCAUUGAGUGGAAUCAUCACACUCGGCCUAGAAUUACUUGAUUCAACGAAAUCCUGACAGACUUGUUAGCAAGAAUAUCUUUGAUUAUGGCAGAACAACCUCCAUCAAAGAGAAUGAAAGCCACACCAGGCAAGCAGCUGAAUGAAGGCAAGACAAAGAUCAUCUAUGAGCUGCCAAACUAUGAAGUUCUUCUUCAAUCUAAAGACAGGAUUUCUGCCCACAAUGCACAGCGUGUUAAUGAACUGGCGGGAAAGGCCGCAAUCUCAAAUGCCACUGCUGCAAAAGUGUUUGAAUUCCUCAACUUGAUUGGUAUCAAGACCCACUUUGUGAGGCAGGAGUCCGAGACAGCAUUUGUUGGUCGUCGAUGUGAAAUGAUUCCAAUUGAAUGGGUUACAAGGCGUGUGGCUACUGGUUCAUUCCUCAAACGCAACCCAGGGGUUAAUGAAGGGUACCGUUUUGCACCCCCUAAGCUAGAGUAUUUCUAUAAGGAUGAUGCUGCUGGUGAUCCAGAGUGGUCGUAUGCACAGCUGAUUGAAGCUAAGAUGACCCAUGGUGGUCGUCUUAUUGGAGCUCAUGAGGUUGAUAUCAUGGGUCGUAUGACAGUCGCAAUCUUUGAAGUCUUAGAGAAGGCCUGGGCAGCACUGGACUGUACUCUUAUCGAUAUGAAAAUAGAGUUUGGCGUUGAUGCAGAGACAGGGGAGAUCUUACUUGCUGACAUCAUUGACAGUGACUCAUGGCGUCUAUGGCCGGCUGGAGAUAAACGACUUAUGGUGGACAAACAGGUUUACCGUGAUCUGAAAGAGGUCACCGACGACGCACUCCAGCAGGUCAAGAGGAACUUUGAAUGGGUCGCAAAGAAACUCAAUGACUUCAUCCCUAAUCCCAAGGCCCAGGUUGUGGUCUUGAUGGGAUCAGCCAGUGACCUACCUCAUGGAGAGAAAAUCAAGAAUGAAUGCACUUCCUUUGGCAUUCAUUGUGACAUCCGUGUGACCUCAGCACACAAGGGCACAGAGGAGACCCUCAACAUUCUGAAGUACUACGAAUCCCUUGGUAUCCCUGCUGUAUUCAUCGCUGUGGCUGGAAGGAGUAACGGCUUGGGACCGGUUCUAUCAGGGAAUGCCACCUUCCCCGUCAUCAACUGUCCACCUGUGAAGGCUGACUGGGGGGCACAGGACAUCUGGUCAUCUCUUCGUUUGCCAUCAGGACUUGGUUGUACUACCACUCUGUCACCAGAGGGUGCAGCUUGGCAGGCUGCUCAAAUCCUGGGUAUGACCAAUCAUGUCGUUUGGGGACGUAUCCGUGCUCGUCAACUUAAUACGUGGAUCGGACUUAAGGAAUCAGACAAGAAACUCCAAGAUUCUCUUGCAUAGAAAUGUUGCCAUUUUGUUUGUUUCAUAUGAAGUACUAUUUUCUCUUAAAAUCAAGUAAUAAGUAAAAGUUUUUAUUUUCAUUGCACAUUGCAGCUUUCCAAGAGUUGAUAAUGAUAAGUACUACAGAACUCUCUUUGCACAGGGUGCUUACCCAUUCAUAUUCAUCCAUGUGAUUGAUUAUCAAAUCUCUUCUUUAUUAUAAUUGUCUUUAAAAGCCAGAAGGCUUUUUUCUUUUUUUAAUGCACUCUCCAUAUUUUGUUUAAUGCACAAUCAUUUCAUUGUUUAUGUCCUAAAAUAGGAUAAAUUUGUGGAUAUAUCUUCAACCAAUUCAACUGCCACAGAGAUUUAUAAUCUCAUCUUUGCCAUCAAGUUUUGCAUUAUUUCUGAUUUAUUAUUUAAACCUCGUAAUUUGGUAAAUGCUAUACAUCGAUCUCGUCAUAUUUCUAAGAUGCUAGUUUUCUUUUUUUCAACAUAAGUGAUGAUAAAAAAAAUCCUGUUGAUUAAAUUUUACUGUAAUUCAUGAAUUUUCUUUAGAAGAACAAUUAUUUUAAAUACGUUAUGGCAUAAACAGCAUUGUGGUUUGUAUAUUAGAUUUUGAGGUAAGUUUAUUUACGUAUAUCUUAGGAGUAUAAUUCAUCUCCAGCUUACAUUCUAGUCCACAAAAAAGAGCCUAUGGAAAUCUAUAUGUAAUCAUUUACCCACUCAGUAUUCUCUUAUAUGUAAUCUCAAACUAUAAAGGAAUUUUUAAGUCCUUUAAACACAGUACAAGAAUACAAUUGAAUAAUAAUGUGUAUUGAAUGUAUCUAAUCAAAUAGACUUUACUAUUAAAAGCUUUCUGAAUGGAUUCAAUUAAUUAAUAUUUUUUUCACAAAUUUUCCACUUUGCAGAUAACAUUUAGACUACUUAGCAACUAUUUGGUAGUAUUCUCUUUAUUAUGCUUUAUAUGUGUGCUUUAUGUCUGGAUGGGCAGGAUGGUAUACUGUGUGGCCUGUUUAAUUGGUCUGGUCAUAAAUUCUUAUUGUAAUACUGAUGUAGAAAGAAUAUUCUGAAAUUAUGCAAAUAUACCAGUAAAAAAGCUUCUGGUUUUGUAUUAUUUUGAAACCACAAUCGAGACGAGGCUGAAUAAGUGAAGAAUUUUCAAUACACCUGGAAUCUGAAAUGUUAUAUGAACUAUUGUAUUUCUGACGUCUAGGCAUAUUAAGCUAGAACAGACUCUAAUCUAAACUCUUCAUAUGCAUUCCUUAUAAGCAUCAGUUUGAUACCAUUUCUUUUGGUCAGUUUGUUGGGAGAACUGGUUUUGAUUGUAAUAUUUUUCAUAAAAUGGAUGUAGCUUACAAUUAGAAAUAACUUCAAAUUUACAAGAAGUCUUGUUCAGCAAAUCUCCCUUUCUGUCAGCCAUAUUUGUAUUAAAAAUGAAUUUUGUAUAUCCAUUUGUAUGUCACAUCUAUCUUUUAAAGAGGAUCAUAUCAAGGGACAUAGUCCUUCUUCACCCAUUGAAUGUACAAAUAUAUGCUUACUGAAAUAUUUCACAAUGAAAGUGUUGCUUUAUUCCUGCAAUCAUGGAUACAGAAAGAGCUAACGAAAAAAUGGUGGAAAAUGUUUGUAUUUUGUGGGAGAUAUUUUGUGUAGAACUUUUGUUUAUAAAAUAAAACCAGUCUGUCUUGAGCACAAA